AUGGACAACACGAGAAACACAUCGAGGCAUUUAGGAUUGACAGAACGAGUUUUAUUGGAAAGGCUACGGAUCAAUGAAUGGGGGACCGUAACGUCUGCUCUGUUGGUCGAUUCUACGCAAGAACUAAAGCAAGAUAACCUCAGAAAAGCUCUUGUUCUUCUGGCCAAGCGGUAUCCUUUGCUGCGAAUGAGAAUAAAAGAAACCACCGAUGGAGUGUACUUUGAAGAAAUGGAAGACCACCAUAAAGUUGAUUUUGAACUGUUGAACCAAGUAACAGCCGAUAACUGGAUACAAGGCUUCGAGGCAGAACUGAACGGUUAUCAGUUUGACAUCACAAGAGGGCCUUUAUGGCGCGCAAGACUACUGAAAGAAACUUGCCGCGAGGGAAAAUUCAAAAACGCGGUGGUAUUCACAUUUCUACACGUCAUCUGUGAUGCGCUCUCUAUUUUUGCGCUUCAAAAACAACUACUGGAAUUUAUCAAUUCCCUCAGCAGCGGCCAAGAAGUUGAAGCCAAAAGCCUUCCUGUCCGGCCUCCAUUGGAAUCACUGGUCCAUGCAGUUCACCCAGACAGAAAAGAGAAGAUAUUGUUCUCGAGUUUCUUCAAGCUCCAGCGAACCAAAGCGUUUCUUGUCAAGCCUAAGAAUUUGUUUCUGUCCAUUUAUCCCCCAGUGGCAAAAAAGGAUCCAUGUGCGACCAAGAAAACUUGUCUUUUAGCUCGAAGUCUCUCUGAAGAAGAAACCAAGUUGCUGAUCAAGAGUUGUAAGGAAAAUAAGUGCACGGUGCACGGCGCAAUUACUGCUUCCACGCAUCUCGCAAUUGCGCGAAUUCUACACCGAGGGAAACACGAUCUGAAAACUGCAGUGCCACUGGAAUCAUCUUACACCAUCAGUUUACGUAGAGAAUGCGAGCCAAAGGUCAGCAGCGAAGAAUUUGGUGCCUACGUGACCGCCAGUGGUUUGAAAAUUGCCGUGCCUCCGGUUGAGCCAAACGACAAGCAAGGCUUCUGGGAGUUCGCGCGUACCUGUACCCGCGAGGUCCACGCGCAGCUGGAUUCUGGAAAGUAUCGGAAUCUAACGAAGUUAUAUCACUGUGUAGAUGUUCGAUCCUACUGCAAAAUGUCCAACAUUGAUUUUAACGAGGGUCGCAGAGUCCAGAUCCUUAAUAUAACCAACUGCGGAGCCUUGCAGACGGAGCAAGCAGAUGAUCCGCGUUACAAGUUUGCUGGCUCGUAUUUUGGCUUGCAAGGCACAAAGACAAGCCACCUGUUUGGAAAUAACAUCAUGACAGUAGAUGGGCGACUUUACUGGGCCGUGGAGUAUUUCCCACAUGUCACUACCAAGACACAAGCUGAAGAAGUAUUUGACUCGACUUUGGAAGUCAUAAAACAAGCUUGUGUGGGGUGA